AUGGUUGCAGAGGAGGUGAUUAUUACUUUGUCUGGUGGAGCGCCAUGGGGUUUUCGUCUCCAGGGAGGUGUGGAACAUCAGAAACCACUCCAGGUGCGUAAACGCAGUAAGGCAUGCAGGGCUGGGCUGCGGGAGGCUGAUGAACUGGUGACCAUCAAUGACCACCCAUGUGGGACACUCUCCCAUGCCCAGGCUAUGAACCUUAUCGACAGCUCCCCUGGGGUAUUACACAUCCGUGUCAAAAGGGCGCCUGCUGGUUUUCAGUCCGUGGUACUUGUGACCCGUGCCCCAUCUCCCCGUAUAGACAAGGAGUACCGUGCUGCUCUGCAUGCCAUGUCACCCACCCACCCACAACAUGCACCUGUCCGUGAAGUCCACCGUAGCCACUCCUCCCUAACCAGUGGCUUGACAUCUCCACCUGGAAGUGAGGCUUACUAUGGCGAGACUGACAGUGAUGCAGAUGUGGCGGGCUACAGCCAGCGCCGUCAAAAACGCCGCAGCCCCAGCAACUCCAGCCCGGGAAAACCAACAGGACGAGACUCCCCUGAGGGUGGGGAGACAUCAGAGAUGAGCGGCUAUGACAAUGACCAGGGGCUACGGGAAGGGGGGCAAGAAGAGGACAGUAGCUUUUUAGAGAUAGCAAAUGUGCCACUGGUUUCCCCUGAGAGGGCAAAAGAGGCUCUGAUGCUAAGCUCCCGCAAUCAGUUUGUGCCCAUGGUGGGUCCUGUGAAUAAACCCGUUGAUGAGGAGCUUACAACAACCUACAUGGAGAAGGCUAAGCAAGCCAAACUGAACCGAGGCGAUACAAUGCAAGACAAGCAAGUAAAGGAAGCUAAAAGCAAGUGUCGAACAAUUGCAUGCCUACUGACUGAUGCUCCCAACCCUCACUCCAAGGGGGUGUUGAUGUUCAAGAAGAGGCGGCAGCGUUCCAAGAAGUACACUCUCACUAGUUUUGGUAGUGUGGAUGAGGACAAGUGUCAGGACUCACAGGAAGAGGAUGGGAUGUUCCCUGGCAGUGAAUCUGAGUUUGAUGAUGAUGUCUUCUCAGCAGCUCCUGAUCCAACUUGGGAUAGUGACUACUUGGAUAUGCUGGAGAGGAGGGCAACUGCAGGUGCUGAAGGUCGUGGCGAUGGGGCAGAGGAUACUCCAAGUCCAGGGCUGAGUGAAACUGCAGGCAAGGGUGCCCAGUUGUUUGAGCAGCAAAGAAAAAGGGCUGCUGAGCAUGCCAAGAAGGUGGAGACAGCUCAACUUAACCUGGAUGAAAGAUGCACCAGACAGAAAUCCAGCCUAUUACCCACUGAGGCUGCCUAUGAUGCUGAAGAGAGGAGUAUUGAUGCCAGCACAGGGAAGGUGCCCCCUCCAGUGGCACCCAAACCUCGGGUCAUCCAAGAAGCCCCACAGAUUCUUCAAGCAGGGGGUAAGGGGGCCCAGCUGUUUGCCCGCAGGCAGAACCGCAUGAGUAUGUACGCAGUGGACGCUGCACCCUAUACCCCUUACCAGCAGGAUGUGACCUUACACAGUGCAGUCCAACCCCUUGACUCCACCCUCAAUCCUUCCCUUCCUCCUCAGUUUAAAUACUCACCAAAUAUCCGUGCCCCUCCACCAAUUGGGUACAAUCCACUGCUAUCCCCUUCUAUCCCUACGGGCCCUCAGAGAAAUACAAGUAAGCCAGAAAGCAAAGGCAGAGGGCGUUCCCACAAAGAGGGCAUCAAAGCCCUGGAUGCCAUGAGAAGACAGCCCUACCAGCUCAACUCUGCCAUGUUCAGUUCUGCUACUAAUUUGUCACCCAUGCCUUCUUACCAGGCCCAGAGGCAACAGCAGAUCCCCAUCAAAAAAGCCCGUGUCUAUGAGAUCAAGAGAUUCUCCACACCCACUCCAAUGUCAGCGCCCACUCUGUCUCCCAAAGUCAUCGCACCUCGAUCAGCCACUACCCUCGGCGAACGUUUGACCGACUUUGGCAUGACCUCCCCACCUCUUGCACAUUUCACCCCAAGCCCAGCUUCACCUCCCUCUCAACCAGCUGGAUGGCCCAGCCUCCCAAAAUUCUCUGCCAUGCCUAUUCCAAACCCUGUGCUCCCUGUAGUCCCUACACCAUACAGUCCAGUAUCAUACACCACUGGGCUCCAGACAGCCAAGCAGUUCCAGAGCGCUCCUGAGCUCAGUAUCCUUUCGUCCUUGCCCCCAGUUCAGGCGCCCAAACCACAUUUUGUUGCCACCAAAGGAGGAGUGCUGCCCCAUGUCUGGAGACCCGGGGCAAUGUGAACAGUAAUAAAUCAGUCAUUACCACACUUUGACAUCUACAUGUUCUAUUCAUUUAAUGCUGAUGCUAUUUAAUUAUUGAGAUAAUAAUAGUAAUAAUAAUUUUUAUUAAUUGGUUUGUUGUUUAAAGUCAAGCAAAAACACCAGAUUUAUUGUGUCCAGUUUCUCAAAUGUGGCAAACUUUCUUUUCUCUAAGGCUUUUGGAAAUUACAACAGACAGUUAAUUAAGGUUAAACACUGUAACAUAAGGUGAUGAAGUGAUUUGGUAUAGAGCAGAAAUCUAGAUGCCCCUCAAUUUUUUGAAAUAUAUAUAUUGAAUAAUGAUAAUUAAUCAGAAACAUCUACUUUCUGUUCAAAAUGCUAGCGAUCACAGUUAUUUUAAUGUUAAAACAUUUACUAACACAUUUAUCUGAAGGGCAAUAAUCACAGGGAAUAUUAGCACAUACUGUAUGUCAUAUACUGUAGUCCACCAUGUGCCUGUCCUGGGGGAAGUUUGUGUAAGGCCUCUGGAGAACACAUUCUACUAAUUUAGCAGAAAUGUCCUCUAAACAGAGCCUGUACGGAAUUAUUCUUUGAAGCUUGAAAUGUCUAAAAGAUGUUAAGUUAAUAGCAGCAGUUCUCAUGAUAGGGUUCAGUCACUGAUGAUGUAUGUUGCGCAGUGUCCACAGGUGCAGGUGGAUUAAAGCACAGCAUUAUCAGCAAGAAACCCACGAUGAGUCUUCUCAUCCAGGUGUUUGAACGAUGCAUGUCCGGUUGAAAACUGUAAAAUGUUUUUAAAUGCCUCGGCCUACUGUGGAAUUAUAUGAAAGUAUAUGCAAAAACAAGGUUUGCUCUUGCAAAGUGUUGGUGAGGUUGUGCCAAAUACCUCUGCUCACUUUAGCUAUAGAGAGCCAUCAUUUUAGCAUGGGUCACAUUCAAUAGGUGCCUGGGCUGUCACUGAAUAUUCUCUUGUCACUGGAUAUCACAGCUUCCAAGUGCCACUUAGGGACACUAGAGCCUACUUAGUAUCAGUGAGAUCUUUGCAGAUCUAUGUAAAUUCUUAACCUUUAUUAAACAAAUAACAGAGGUGAAGGAAUGUAUAUUUGUUUUGUUUAAUUUAUGUUUUAAUCUGAAGGUGUGCAAUGGGAAGUUGAUAAACUGAAAGGCACCAACAUUUAUAAUAGGUUUCAAAGAAUGAGAGUGGCUGUGGAGAAGGGUAUGAACAGGAUAGAGCUAGCCAGAUUACUGAAUGGGAUCAAAGUUAGAACAUUCUUAUAGAAAUGGUCAUG